AUGUCAUUAGUUCGCACUUGGAUUUCUAUUGUCUUAACUUUAAAUAUCGACCCAAUUCUGUUAAGUCAUCACUGUUUCGUCGAGGGUAUAUCUGUACAACGAACACCUAUUUCAGAUAAGAAAUACGAACAAGUGAUUGCUGAACGCUAUCUAUUUACUCCAUUCGCAGAUGAAUGCACUGCUUGGACUGUUCUCAACAACGUUUCUAAUGCGUGGCAGGUUGUUGCAUUACCAGAAUAUCAUUUUCGAGCCGCUGAAGGUGUUUGGUUACUGAUUCAAGCUAGCACUCAACCUCCAGCACGUAAUACUUUACAAAUGGCUUGGAUGUCUUUGUUUGCGAAUGGUACUCUACUAGCUUUAUCGGAUAUUGACGUGAACAGCAAAGCGAGUUUAUUAGUUGUGUCACAAAGUAUCAGUCGUAGAAUGCUCUACACUGCUGCUCUGAUCUCACCCGACGAUAUUCAGCUAAUUCUAUGUGAUCAGUUCAUUGCAACGUCAUGUAAAGUGACACGAAGUAUUUCAUUUCCAGCUGUACUUACUAGAGCAACUGCAAUAAGGGCUGGCGUAUUUAUUGAAGAUUUUGGAGUUGCAGGAUGGUUGUAUAUCGCUACUGACUCUGGUUUACAUGGAUUGGAUCUUUCUACAUUCACCGUUAUGUCUUUCAUAAAUGGAAUCAAUGUAUCUGUUUCUUCAUUAGCAUGGAGUUCAAAGCGACAGGCCGUAUUUGUCGGUACUGAAAAGAAACUUUGGAUCUGCUCCUAUGGUAGUAAAAAUGAAGGUUGGCGGUUUGAAUAUGUUACCAGUAUCAUUGAUGCACCCAUUACUUCGUUAGUAUAUAACAACGUGCAAGAUAAACUAUGGAUUGGUCAAAGCACCGGGAUAACUCUUGCUUCGCCGAUUAUCAUGUCAACUGGACGCCUUCAUUGGUAUUUUUCUCGUUUGGCUGGACAAAUUUCCAAUCCGGGUUCAGAUAUUGGACAUCUACCCUUUGCUAAUAUUACUGCUUUAAGUGUAAGUCAUUCAAAAUCGUCACCAGACGGUCGCGUAUGGUUAGGUGCUAUGAGGGGAGUCAUGCGCUUUGAUCCGAACACCACAGAUCGAAACGCUUGGCGUGUUUUUAAUAGUGCGAGAUAUAUUCCAAAUCGCGAUGCAGUAGCAGAAGUUUCUUCAUUGGCUGUAUUGAGUCCGAUUAGUAGCGCAUCUGUUGAAUUAGGUACUACUGCUGUAGCUGUUACGAGUAAAGGUUUAACGGUGCUUCGAUUCGAAAUGUGGACCUUAAAACAAAAGGCAGAACAUUUUCAAGCAUUCUUUAACCGACGGCACAGGCAUGAAAAAUACGGUCUGGUAUCUUCAUGCUAUAUGAGUUCCUGGGGAGAUAGUCGUACUUGUAUCAAAAGAGCAGAUGAAAACGAUGGUCUUUGGACUUCGAUGUAUUUGAGUAGCCAAAUCUUUCGUUAUCAAGUCACUCAAGAUGUGACAGUCAAAGCAUCGGC